GUGUGUGUGUGUGUGUGACGUUUUUAUACCGCGACGCUCGCUUCGCCACGUCACCUCUGAGAGACUCGUGUGUUUGUUUUGGUUUUUUUUCUGCUGCUUCAUCAUCUCUCACGUGCGUGUUUGCCGUUGUUCGGUCGCAUUUAGCUGACACCGACAACCGGCAACAUGUUGACGACGGAGGACUUCACACAGUUCCCGCUCCGGAUGUGGGAGAAGGUGCUGUCCAAGGUGAAGAAAGCUGUUGUUUUCAUGGAUGACAGGUGUGCCGAGGCUCUGCACUGGAGCGGAGGUGCCGCCGCCUUGUUGGAGGCAGGGGCCAGAAACCUGAAGGAGUUCUCAAGCUUCGAAGCCUGCGGGGCCAAUGAACCGAAAGCGGUGUUUGUGGUGAGCACCUUGCUGAAGGGGAGAACCGUCGACAUCAUUAAAGACGUCAUAUCCCUCAGUCACUUCCAGUACUGCGUCGUGGUCACCACCGUCGCUCACUCCGUGCACCUGCUCGCCAACAAUGUCACGGCGGAGCUGGAAGGCACGCCCGUGUUCGAGCAGUUUGAGGAGAAGCUGUGCGAGUGGAUGGGGAACAUGAACUACACGGCUGAAGUCAUGCACGCCCCCGUGGUCUUUGCCCCCGUGUCCCAGCAGCUGCUCCUCACACCCAUGUUUGCACACCUGUUCCCCCUGCUCUCACCUGACCUGCAGCUCAUCAACGCCAAACGUCCAGAGAAGAAGAGAUUUGGAAGCCUGGCUGAUGUGGACGUGCACUCUCUCCCCGUUGAACUGCAGCUUGAAAUCAAAUCCUUGGCGUCGGUGUUGAACUCAGUGUUCGAUGCCACAGGCACCAGGGAAGAGAGUUUCGCUGUGGGUCCCAUGAGCCGCAUCAUCGCGGGGGAACUGGCCAAUCACCCUCAAGCCAAAAACCGAAGAAAGACAGCUCCCAAUAAGGCGUCCAUCAUUUUCGUGGACCGGACAAUGGAUCUUACAGGAGCCGUUGGUCACCAUGGCGACAAUCUGGUGGAGAAGAUUCUGACUGUGCUCGAACCUUUACCUGGUCACGUGACGGACGUACAAGUGGACAUGCUGGAGCUCACGAGUCUGCAGCGAACCCCUCACUCCAAGAGCACCCUGGUGCCCGGCUGUCUCGCACAGACCCAAUCACCUGCAGCACAGUCACUGUGGGAGGCCAUGCUGACCAGUAAACACAAAGAGGCGGUGAUGGAGGUCCGUCGGCAACUAGUGGAAACAGCCAGCAAGGAGAAGCUGCCAAUCAAGAUGAGCAUGGGCCGCGUGACCCCCGAGCAGCUGUGCUCCUACAUGCAGCUGUUCCGGAGUAGUUGGGGGGCGCUAGAGAGCCACUGCGGGGUGCUCCAGCUGGGCCUGGCUACGGCCCAGACGCUCCGCCACCCCGGCCUGACCCGUUGGGACGCCUGCCUGGCCUUCGAGAGGCUGCUGCUGCAGGCUCUCGGAGACUCUGAUUUCCCCACCGUGCUGAGGCAGCUGCUGCCCUUGAUGAAGCCCCGUGGAGGCGAGGACAGCACGACUUCGGGGUCGAGGUCCAAGGACGAUGAAUGUGGGCCUGAUGAGCUGAUUCUCCUGCUGGUUUACCUGUACUCUCUGGCUGACGAGGCGCAUGACAGCGACGAGGACGAGGUGGAAAAGCUGGAGAGGGAGCUGAUGGGAGCGCUGACCCUGGUCAUCACCCGAGAGCCCGAACUCAGCCCCUUGCUCCAGAAACUCACCGGUUGUGCAAACCCAGAGGAGCUGACCACAGAGCGAGCACACUCUGCCGUGGAGGAGAUGUUCGAGACCCUCCGAGGUCUUAGCAACACCAGAGAUCACCUGAAGCAGCUGCGCUCCGUCUAUACCGCCAGCGAUGGAGUUCACCAGGCGACCUAUCGUCCUUUCCUGCGCCAGAUCUUGGAGGAAGUUUUCCACCCCGACAGACUUGAGUGUCCCGACAUCGAGCACAUGUCCGGAGGACUCACGGACCUGCUCAAGACCGGCUUCAGCAUGUUCAUGAAGGUGAGCCGCCCGCACCCCAGCGACAACCCUCUGCUCUUCCUCUUCCUGGUCGGCGGAGUCACACCCUCAGAGCUCCGUCUCAUCAAAGAGGUUGUCGCCGCACACAAACCAGGGACCCAGGUGCUGGUUCUGUCCACCAGAUUACUGAGGCCGACGGAUAUACCCGAGCUGCUCUUCACUACCCAAAGACUGCUGCCUGAUAUCGGCGUCUAGGAGGUCGUCACGUUGAAACGGAUGCACGCACACGUGAAAGGACACGUGUGCCGCAAGCGUCCCAACACCUCAUCAGGUGUGAGCACAGCACGGAGUAAUGACAUUCACUGUUGAAAGCAGAGAUGAUGACACAAACGAAGCAACAUUCCUGUUCAUGUCAGAGUAUUCUGGUGGAUUUAAUUCCACGUUAUUAUAUUAAAAAAACAAGUAUUGAGUUUAUUUUUUUGGAGGCGCUAAAGGAAAUGUACAUUUUUGUGUGUGGCGGACAGAAAUCUGUUAAAAGCUGCUUUGUUUUCCUAAAAAAAAUGGUGUCAAAUCACAACAGCACAUCAAACGCUCAUACAAUAAAAUCAGCGACUUUUCAAAACA